AUGUCAAAUAAAUAUUUUACUUUCUCAGGUGAACCAGACACCAUAGUAUUUUCCCAGUUUUUGGUUGGUUACAAAUUAUUAUAUAAUGAACAUUCAAAAAGCAAUUUUUUCAAACACUUAAGAGGUGAUGCAGCAUUAUUGUUCAUUGGGAAGACCACCGAUUCAAAUUCAUUAGAUGAUAUAAUCAAUGUUCAUCGAUCUAUAUAA